AUGAUCGCGACAGUCCAACUGGAAGAAAUGACCCAAGCCGCAUCCACCAACCAACCAACCAACCCCCAUAUGUAUACUCUUCCUGAUACGGAGCCAAUGGAGAACUUGUGUGGCACUCGAAUUCGAGUGGCCAGCGGUUCGGACCGGACGGCGACCAUAGGAGGAACUGUGAUCAUCGAUGGAGUAUACUAUGCCCUCACAGCCCUGAAUCCAUUCAUUCAAGAUAUAAGGAUAACUCCCGAUGGAGAUAGAAGGCGGUAUCGUGUGGAUUUCCGAUCCGACACCAUGUACCGGUACGCUACGGACGGUGAUGACAAUCAUGCUGUGGGCUAUCUGCCUGAAUACCAAGAUACGGGCAUGCUCGACCCGAUUUAUUGGUCCCUCGAGCAGGACUGGGCGUUGUUUCGUCUGUGCGAUCAGAGUCCCAAAUGCAAUCGCCUCCAGAUUGGGGGAUGGCUCAUGCUCAGUCCAUCCAAGGUGAGCAAAACCUCUCCCCGGGGUACAUUGUGGUGCUUGCUGGGCAGCAGCCCUCGCCAUCCCGUCCGGACCGAUGCAUUCAGACUGGGCUACCAUCUGACGGCAGCAUACCAAUACCAUUUGAGCAUGGUCUCUUUCCCCAAAGAUAUUGGGGCAUGGGUGGUGGACGCGGGGGCCCAUGGGGCCCUUUAUUGUAUGGUGGUGGGCCAAGAUGACUCGGACAUGACCACGUAUGCAGUGAGUGCCGCCGACAUUUUCCGUGAGCUGCACAAGCGAUUUCCGGCGUCUCCGAUCUCAAUAGCAUGA